AUGACAAAAGAGACGAUGAUCGGGAUUGAUCUGUCCAAGAAAGUUUUUCAGGUCCACGGAGCUUCCAUGGCCGGACAGAUCAAGUUCCGGCGGAAGCUGACGCGGCAGCAAUUUCGCAGGUUCAUGGCUGAACAGCUUCCGGCGACGGUCGUGAUGGAGGCCUGCGGCAGUGCUCAUUACUGGGCGCGCGAGAUGAGCAAGCUAGGUCACGAUGUAAGACUGAUCGCUCCCCAGUACGUGCGCCCUUUCGUGAAGCGGCAGAAGAACGAUGCCGCGGAUGCCGAAGCGAUAGUCAUCGCCGCUCAACGACCUGAGAUGCGUUUUAUCAGCCCAAAGGCCGAAACUCAGCAAGCACAGGCAUUUCUUUUUCGAGCAAGAGAGCGGCUUGUGCGUCAGCGCACAGAGCUGGUGAAUGCUUUGCGUUCAGUCCUUUAUGAGUUUGGCCAUCCAACACCACCGGGUAUUGGGCAUCUGAAGCGGAUCGUGGCGAUCAUCGAAGCUGAGAACAGCGAUUUGCCCGAAUUAGUUGGCGACGAGUGUCGCGAUAUUCUGUUGCAGAUCUCAGAGAAAACGCAACGAAUUGAGAGCAAGACCAAACAGAUCGGUGCUCUGGCAACUCAAACCGAUACGGCGCGCCGCUUGCAAACAAUGCCAGGCAUAGGACCAAUGAGUGCGUUGGCCGUUGAGGCUUUUGCACCGCCGAUGGAGAGUUUUCGGCGCGGGCGAGAUUUCGCGGCAUGGUUGGGUCUGGUUCCACGGCAACAUUCGUCUGGAGGCAAAGAGCGGCUUGGCCGUAUAUCGAAGGCGGGGCAGGCCGACAUCAGGCGGCUCCUGAUAGUGGGCGCGAUGUCUCGUCUGAAUUGGCUGGGGCGAAAGACGAUAUCGGAGAAGUCUUGGCUGUCGCGAAUGCUGGCCCGGAAGCCGAGAAUGCUGGUGGCCAUCGCGUUGGCAAACAAGAUGGCACGAACGAUUUGGGCCAUGUUGACGAAAGGACAAGAUUAUCAGAAUCCGGCGAAGGCUGCUGCUGCAUGA